AUGUCUAGAGUCAAAGAUCUCCCAUGGCCUUCCCAAAUACCAGAUGAUGAAUAUGCCGAGCUAGCUGCUGGCAUUCCUGCAAAGGAUGAACCGUUCAUUGACAAGUAUCUCUGUGGUAGAGAGGCACUUAUAGAUCAAGAAAAGCAGCAGCGCAGCGACUAUGCAUUCAAAUCGACGCUCUCGCCUCUAGCCCAAGAAGCCUGCGAUGUCGUCGCCCGUAUCCGCCUCGAAGAACAAGCCUCGAUUUGGACCUCCGAAUUCGAAAACCAUGUCGCGCAGGAAACGGGGAAGAAUGUGUAUCCGGGCAUGAUGUUUAGUUUGGCAAAGGAAAAAAUGGUAAAGACGAGGUUAUGGCGGAUUCUAAAAAAAAUGCCGAAAGGUGCGCUGUUGCAUGCGCAUAUGGAUGCGAUGGUUGAUUAUGAUUUCUUGUUUGAGGAAUUGCUGAAGACGGAGGGGAUGUGCAUUUUCUGUGAUAGAGCGUUGGAUUCGCCGAAGAGUAGGGAGGCUGGUCCGGUUAAGUUUAGGUGGAGGAAGAAGGGGGAUGGGGAGGGCGCUGAAAUUUGGAAGGGGGGUUAUAAACCGUUUACUUUUGUGCCCUUGAAGGAUGCUGCGGAGGCUUUUCCUGAUGGCGGAAGAGAGGGGUUUCUGGCUUGGCUUAGGAGUCGAUGCACGAUUACUGAUACUGAGUCUAUUGAACAUCACCAUGGUGUUGAUGCAGUAUGGAGAAAGUUCUCCUCGGUAUUUACGAUCCUGAACACUGUCAUCUUUUAUGAACCUAUCUUUAGGGCUUUCAUGCAGAGGAUGAUGCGGUCUUUACUUGCUGAUGGUGUCAGGUGGGUGGAUUUACGAUUGGCUUUUACUUUCUUCUACUAUAGUGAAGGACAGGAGAAAGCAGAUGAUACAUACAGCAAUAUGUUCCAAGUUUUUGGAGAAGAGAUUGAGAAGUUCAAGACAUCGGAAGAGGGCAAAGGAUUCUGGGGCGCAAGGAUGAUCUGGACUGGCCUUCGAGUUCUGGAUACAAGAAAGAUUGUGGAAGAUAUGGAUGCUUGCUUGACCAUCAAAAUGACUUAUCCGAAUCUCGUAUCUGGAUACGAUCUUGUCGGCCAAGAAGAUGCGGGAAGACCAUUAAAAGAUCUCCUCCCAGAGCUCUUCUGGUUCAAAAAACAGUGUGCUCAAGAAGGAGUUGAGAUUCCAUUUUUCUUCCACGCAGGGGAAUGUCUCGGUGAUGGUAGCGAUACAGAUCAGAACCUCUUUGAUGCCGUCCUACUUGGAACUCGUAGAAUUGGCCAUGGAUUUUCAUUGUACAAGCAUCCUCUACUAAUCGACUUGGUCAAGGAAAAGAAGAUUCUCGUAGAGAGUUGUCCAAUUUCAAACGAAGUUCUUCGGCUUUGCGCUUCCAUCAUGUCGCAUCCUCUCCCAGCACUUCUCGCUCGAGGAGUCCCCUGUUCUCUUUGUAACGACGACCCUUCGAUUCUCGGCCAAGAUGUCAAUGGAAUGACGCAUGAUUUCUGGCAAGCACUGCAGGGCUGGGAUAAUCUCGGACUCGCGGGUCUGGGUUCGCUGGCUGAGAAUAGUGUGAGGUGGGCAGCGUUCGAGGAUCAAAAUGGUGCGAAGUGGCUAGAGGAUAUCAAGGAUGCCUCGUUGGGAAGUGGUGUGAGAGCGAGGAGGUUGCAAGAAUGGAGUGUGGAGUGGGAACAAUUUUGCUUGUGGAUCGUGACGGAGUUUGGGGAUCUUGAAGAGAGUCUGAGGAAAAUUAGAGAAGAUGGGGAUGGUUCCCUGGCUGAACAAGAUUAA